AUGCAGGGGAUUGCACGGUUUCCGAAAGUCAUUGGGGCCAUAGGCGGAACUCAUAUUAACAUUGCCUCACCCAAUCAACAUGAAGAAAUUUAUGUCAACAGAAAAGGGAAACAUUGUAUAAAUGUUCAAGUUGUUUUUGACGGAUGGUACAAUAUAAUUGAUGUUGUUGCACGCUGGCCUGGAUCCGUGCAUUACAGUAGAGUUUUAAGAGAAAGCUCGUUAAACAACCGUUUUGAGAAUGGCCACAUGCCACACGGUUUCCAUCUGCUUGGGGACAGCGGCUAUCCAGCCAAAAGGUGGCUGCUUACCCCUUUCCUAGCUCCGCAAACCCAGGCCGAACAAGCCUAUAACAGGAGCCACAAAGUCACUCGAGCUUUGGUUGAGAGAGGGAUAGGUCAGUUAAAGAGGAGAUUUGGCAUUCUUCAUAGGGAAAUAAUCCUCCAGCCAGUUAAAGUGUGCAGUGCCAAUGCUGUAAAUGUAAAACUAGAAGAGAAGUACAACAAAAACUCAUUGUUCAAGAGACCAUUACCACUUAUCGUCAAGCACGAUGCUGGUGAAGGACACGCACUGUCUUACAACCAUGACACCCUUGCAGAACUUGAAAAAAUUGAUGAGUCAUUAUGUGUCAUAGCUGUUACUGGAUGUCUAAGGACUGGAAAAUCGUACCUUCUUCGUCGCCUUGUACAGAAGUGUGGCCGGGAGAGUUUUACUGUUGGACACUCAGUAAACGCUCAGACGCAAGGAAUAUGGAUUAUGUGUAGACCUCACCCGACUCAAGAAGGCGAGGUCAUUGUUUUUCUCGAUACGGAGGGUAUCGAUGAUCCAGAAAAGGUUGAAAUUCAAGAAGACACUUGGAUAUUCCUAAUUGCAACGUUGCUGUGCAAUGUACUUGUCUACAAUACGAAAGGCGUCUUUGAUGCGUCACACAUCAGCAAAUUUCGAUUUCUUAAAGUGGUUCAAAACAACGUGACGGUUGCAAAAGGUGCAAGUGGGGACGACAGUUUUCUUGACUUCUUCUUUCCAAACUUCGUUCUCGUUUUACGAGAUUUUGGAUUAGAUUUGGAUUUAUCUGCUGAUGAACUCCUUGAAAAACGAUUGGUUUACGAGACUGGGAAAUCGGACGAUGUAAAGAACUACAACGAACCAAGGCGACUUAUUAAAAGAUAUUUUAAGAAUAGGAAAUGCAUUGCAAUCCCUAUCCCAUGCGUAAAUCCCGAAAAACUAGAAUCAAUGCCGGAUAUUGAGAUAAACCCAAAGUUUUUGCAACGGGUAAACGACUUGCACCAGUACCUAUGUGACUGUAGCCCUAAGAAACUCAAAUCAGGAAAGCCGUUAAACGGAAGAAUGCUGAGAACGAUGAUAAUAAGCUACAUGAAUUCCGUGCAGGAAAAGACGGCACCGUGUUUGAACGAUGCUAUGAAAAUGAUGGCAGAAGAAGAAAAUCAGUUUGCAGUACUGGAAGCGUCAAAAUGCUACAAAGAAGAAAUGAAGAAAAGGAUUAACAAACACAUGCCAAAUGAGAAAGGGCUUGAACUGUAUCACAAUGAUUGCAUGGAAGUCGCCGUCAAUAAGUUAAAUGAAUUAGUUGUUUUGGAUGACGGAGAUAUAUUUCACAGAAGAGCGGCAGAAUGUUUCGAAAACCAUUUGCAACGAUUCAAAUCAAUCAUAGAGCGAGACUCCCUUGCCAAAUGCAAAAGGUCUCUAGACAAGCUGGAUAUGAAAAUUCAACGGAAAAUCAGAGAGAACAAGUAUGCUAAUUCGCAUGGUUACAACGAAUACAUUGAAGACAUCAAUACACUUGUUGAUGAAUUCACAAAGCAAGAACGCUACCUUGGAUCAAAGACAAGAGCUGCCUUACAAGAAUAUAUGGAUGCAAAGGUGGGAGAAGAGCAACUCGUAUACGAAAUGGUUAAGGACAAAAUUGAUGCUGAAGCUGAACGUCAGUUACAUCGGCUUUCAAGUGGAUCAGUCCCGAAUACAAAGAAAUUUGCAGAUGUUACAAAAGGGGAACAGCCAGCUGAACAGAAGGCACGAGAGUCUAUUAAAAAAGUUGAAAUUGAUGGGCUCAUGAGUAUUGAAUCACAAUGCCGUGAGAACCUGGAUCUGAAAUUAAAAGAAAUAGAGCAGGCUAAGGCCGAGUUGACAGAAGACAACACAUACUAUAAGCAGCUUGUAAAAGAGUUCGACCUCUGGAAUAGAAUUUACAAACAGGCGCAUCCAAGGCCAAAUGAUGUGGAAAAACGACCGAAAAGGAGCUCUGAUGAGAAGGAACCAAGACUGAAGAAGAAAACGUCAGAAAACCCCAAAUGUCCAAUUCUUUAA